AAAAAGAAAAUAAUUUUAAUAUUAAUUGCUGCAUUAAUAUUUAUUUGUUUAUUAAUUGGUGGAUUAUACGCUUUCAAUGUAUUAAAUGAAUAAGACAAUGGUACUAAAAUAAAGAUUCCUAUAAACUACAAUCAAUAUAAACCACAAAUAUUAAUUGGAUAAGAAAAAAAUUUAAUUUCAAUAAUAAAUGUACCUAAAUCUCAAAAGAUAUACAAAUAUUUAUCUACUACUACUAUAACAAAUACAUAAGCAGAUGGUUAAAUUGCGGUUACAAGAACAGUAUCUGAGCAUGAUUUUGGUCUUGUUUGCUCUGAAUUGACAGAAGAAUAUUUUGAAAUGUUAGUUUAUAUAAAGAAAACUUAAAAUUAUGAUUUGGAUGAUAAAGAAAAAUCAUUAAAAGAAAGAGUUGGAUUUCCUGAAAUGUUAACAAAUCCAGAUAAGGAAGAUUAAAAUAGAAAUAUGGUAUAAGAAAAACCUAUUAUUUAAUAAAAUAAUGAAAGACUAUUAUAAGAACCUGAAGAGGAAGGUUAAGAAGACAUCAAAGAUCCUGAAGAAGAAAAAAUGAAAUAAAGAAUAAGAGAAAAAUAAAAAAAAUAAGAAAAGGAAUCAGGAGGUUUAACGACUGAAAAAGAAUAGAAUUUCUAAAGAAGAAUUUUAGGCAUAGAAGAUAUCUAACCUUAAUAUUCAGCCUAAGUAUAACCAAACGGUGAAGGUACAUUAAAUAAAGAAUAUGCAUAAGGGAAAUCUAUAGGAGAAAAUAGUGAAAGAUAAGUAUCUUAUGAUUAAUAAUCUAAAAUUUAAAAUGGAGCACUUUUAGAAAGUAAAGCAAGCUCUUCAUGCUCAUUUGAUGAUAACAAAAAUGGAUAAAAUAAAGAUCCUUCAUUGACAGGGAAAAUGGAUAUAAAGACUGAUGUUGUAUUAUCUUUUGUAAAAUAAGAAGAUAAAAUGGAAGAUAAAUUUUUUAAUUAAUUAAUGGAAUAUUUCAAAAAUAUGUCAUCUUGGAAUUAUACUUGGGAAUAAGCAAAAAAUGAACAUUAAGCUUCCUUAGAAAAAACUUAAAAUGGACCAGAUGAUAAAUAAAAUUUAAGAGAAUUAGCAGAUGAAUAGGAUUUUGAUGAAAAGGCUGAAGGAAAGCAAAAACCUAUGGGAGAUAUUAUUUAGAAGCCUAUUUUUAGAAAAACACUUUCUAGUUUUGAAUUAGGAGCUGAUAUAAGAUCGGAAUGUACAUCUUCAGAAUCAUAUUCCAAAUAAGAUAUAUGUAAAGCGUCUUUAUGGAGUUAUUUUAAUGGAGUCACUGCUAAAUUAAUAGAGAGAAAAACUAGAAUUAAUGUUAGUAAGUUGAUUAAAUAGUAUUAGUAUAUUUAACAUUUAUUCUAAACCAAAUUGAAUAUUGUUAAAGAUGAUAUUUUAGGUGGAAUUACAAAAGUUUAAGACAAUAUUAAUAAUAUAAUUGAUCAAGUUGAGGAUUUUUUAGAUAUAAAAAGAAAUCCUGUUAUGAAAGAAUUAUUAGGAGUUGUUUAUAAUGAUGAACUUAAUGUUGUUUCUUAAAUUAAUUAAUUUGAACUAUUAAUAAAUAAAACAUUAGAAGCAGUUUCUUCUAUGAAUAUAGAUGGAGGACUUAUUUGGUAAAAAUUAUCAGGUAAAGUAGAAUAAAGUAGAAAGGAAGUUAAAGGAGAAAUCGAAGAAAAGUAACCUGAUGCAGGAGCAAAAGGUAGAAGAGUUAGGGUUUUGGGAAUUUUCGAUAGAGAAGAUGAAACUGAUAAUAGUACUUUGAAUUAAAAUUAUGGAUAAGCAGAAAAAGCUAUUUCUGAAUUUAACGAUGCUAAUUAAUUAGAUGUGAAAAAUAAUGUCGAAUCAUAUAAAAAAUAAUGUGAAGAAAAUGCUGAAAACAGUGGUUAGUUAUAUUCAGGAGUUAUAGGUUAGAUUAUUUCAUAAAUUUAAUUUGAAACUAGAAUUUAAUUUCAAGCGAUUUCUCUUGAUUGGGAAUACACUUAAUAUUAUGUUACUCCUAUUGGAAUAACUCUUGUUUUUAAAAUCUAUGCUGGAUGGAGAGUCGGGUUUAUCUUUACAAUUAAAUUUAAAAAUGCUAUUUUGGAUAUUUCUGUUGGAGUUAAUACUUAUGUUGUGGCUGGUGGGUCAAUCGGAAUUAGUAUUUUGAUCGCUGAGUUUGGAGCUUAUCUUGAAGGAAAAUUCUUAGACACUACUCUAACUGUGGGAAUCGCUUUAAAAGUUUUAGAAAGAUUUAAAGGUUGUGUUUAUAUUGAUGCAUAAUUUACUCCAAUUACUAUAAGGUUUGGUAUUUAUUAUAAAAUUUUAUUUUUCUCAAGAAAAGAUCUUUUCGAACCUAUUUAAUGGACUGGACCUUCUUAUUAUAAAAGAUUAAGUGAAUAUUGCUGGUGA